GCUCACCCGUUCGAGAAGUAGAAAAUGAGACGAAGACCGAAGUUAGAGGUCACUCCGCUGCAGAUCAAGAAAAAACCGAUCCAGGAUCUCAGGUUUUGAUCGACGUUGACUUCUAAAGACAAAGAUGAUUCGAUCUGAUCCAGGGCACGAAAGGAUCUCUCGUUCUGAAAAAGCUGUUCUUUAGAUUGCCUUUUUUUCACCAUCGAUCAAUUUGAAUAUGCCUCAUUUCUAAAUCAAUAGCAUUAGCCGCCAAUUAAUGCUAUCCACAAGAACUUAGUAAACUCUAACUCUGACAUCUAAGAUACUAAAUUCUAAAAUCUUCAAACCACAACGAAAACUUCAGGGACAACAUAGAACUGCGUCAGAGGACCGCCAGUUUCUUAAGUAGAGUCGUAGUUGACCACUUAGAACCAACUCCCAAAAUGGCUCCUUCCACUAAGUCCAAGAACUCUCAGGAGUCCAUCGGCCAGCGCCUGGGUCUCGUCAUCAAGUCCGGUAAGUACACUUUGGGGUACAAGUCCACGUUGAAGACCCUGCGAUCCGGCAAGUCCAAGUUGGUCAUCAUCGCGUCCAACUGCCCAGCUUUGACCAAGUCCGAAAUCGAAUAUUACGCCAUGUUGGGAAAGACCGGAGUCUUCCACUUUCCGGGUACUUCUGCGCUCAUUUAGGAGCCUUCUUGAUUUCAGUAGUUGUGGGUUUCCAUUUAGAUUUUUGAAAGGCCUCAAACGAUCUUUUGCAUGCGACAGCAACGAUAUGUUAAAAAAGGUCAGAAUUCCGAAAUGGUCAGAAUUCCGAAAUAUUAGGACGACAGAAGCGCUGCCAUUUAGAUUGUUCUAUGCUGCUUGGUAGCUGCGUUCGUUUAGAUUUGGACAUGAGUUCGUUCAUCCCGUACUCAUACUCGUCCCGUACUCCUGUCUUGAGUCUUGUAUCUCUUUCUUACCCUUCAACACGACAGGUACCAACAACGAGUUGGGAACGACUUGCGGUAAGUACUUUCGAUGUGGAGUCAUGUCCAUCGUGGACCCGGGUGACAGCGACAUCAUCCGCACCCUUCCGGGACAGGCCUAAGAAAUUUUCGCUUGAACAGGGAAAGCAUCCAGUUUUGGGUUCUCUUCAAGACUGGGAAGCGAACCUUUGGGAAGCGAACCUUCUGAACUGGGAAACGAAGGACAGAGAAUCCAUGGAGUUGUGGUGUGUCAAAGAUAGGAGUAUGUGGCGAUCUACUUGUAGUCGGACGGAACUUUUUGGGGAAGAAGAAGGAAGCUUGCUGCCUGCAGAAAGUGCGAUUGUCCUUCUGCAUACCACUGGUAACCCAUAGUUUCGGUGUAUACGCGGACUUGCUUCCUCCCAAUGGGCAAAUGUUUGACUACUGAUCGGAAGACUGCUACGAAAAAAAGCGCUCGUCGCGGGAGACUGUGCCGGAGGUUGGUUCUCUAUACGUUGUUCAAAGCUGUCAAAGUCUGUACUUUCAAGAGCUUCGGUCGAUGGAGUUUGUGAGUCAGCUAUUAGCGAGCGACAUUCACAUUCUCUGCUACGUCACAGAAACUUUCUAAACAUGAAACUUGUUGCGGAAGAGCAGGCUCCUAGAACUACAAGAACA